AUGAUCAGUGGACAUGACUUUUACACCAUCGUGAAAGCAAUGGUGCCGUUAUACGUCGCAAUGUUUCUCGCUUACGGCAGCGUCAAGUGGUGGAAGAUCUUCACCCCCGACCAGUGCUCCGGCAUCAACCGUUUUGUCGCCAUUUUCGCUGUCCCUUUGCUCUCUUUCCACUUCAUCUCCAUGAACGAUCCUUACACAAUGAACUUCCGUUUCCUCGCCGCCGACACCCUCCAGAAGAUCAUCAUGCUGCUGGUGCUCGGCCUCUGGGUCAAGUUCACCAAAUCCGGCAACCUUGAAUGGAUGAUCACCAUCUUCUCACUCUCCACCCUCCCCAACACCCUCGUGAUCGGGAUUCCGUUAGUAAGUGCGAUGUAUGGUGAUUUUACAGCAUCACUGAUGGUUCAGGUGGUGGUGAUGCAGUGCAUAAUUUGGUACACUUUGCUUCUUGUCUUUUUCGAGUUUCGUGGCGCGAAGAUGCUGAUCAUGGAACGGUUCCCGGAAUCCGGAGGCGACAUCGUUUCAAUAAAGGUUGAUACAGACGUUGUUUCUCUUGACGGGCAAGAUUUUCUUGAAACGGCGACCGAAAUUGGAGAUGACGGGAGACUUCAUGUCAUGGUGAGGAAAUCUAACGCUUCAAGAAAGUCGAUUGGAGUCGGAUCUCUUUCAGGAGCUGAAAUUUACAGUUUAAGUUCAUCGGCUAUCCAAACUCCGAGAUGUUCUAAUUUCAACCAAUCGGAUUUCUUCUCCAUUACGGGGUUUCCCGGCGGCCGGCUAUCAAAUUUUGGCCCGGCUGCGGAUUCGUAUUCCUUUCAGCCGUCGAUGGGUCUAACUUCGAGGCUGUCAAGUUACGAAAAUGACCCUGCUCCGGUAUCUCCCAACAUGAGUUCUUCAAAGUCUGGAUUGUACCAUGCAACACGUGACAUGGGUGGAUCUAGGAUUUUUGCGAAAGGCGCAAACACGGAAACUUGUCUGAGCGUUACAAAGGGCCAACAAAACAAAGUGAGCCAUGACGUCCAGAAGUUUCCUCGGAGUUCUAGUGCGCCGACGGCAGCUUACAAAGGCGGACAAUUACGUACUCAUGAUUUCCGGGAAUCGACGGAGCACUCAUAUCGCCCGGGUCAGCAUGGAGCUAAGGAAAUCCGGAUGUUGGUCUCCGAUCAUGAAACGCCGAAUGACAAUACCAAAGAGACGGAAGAAGUUCGGGGGGAGAUAGGUGGAGAUAAGGAGAGAAUAAAACUGGGUUUGGACUCUGCGGCGGCGGAGCACCACCCUCAGACGGUGGCAGUGCUGGAUGAAGGGUCUGGAAAACAGAUGCCGGCGGCGAGUGUGAUGAUCCGUUUGAUAUUGAUGAUGGUUUGGCGGAAAUUGAUUAGAAACCCUAACACGUACGCCAGCAUCAUGGGUCUAAUUUGGUCUCUUGUGUCUUUCAGGUGGCAUGUGGAAAUGCCAAAAAUAAUUGGAAAUUCAAUCUCCUUGAUAUCCAACGCUGGUCUUGGAAUGGCUAUGUUUAGUUUAGGUUUGUUUAUGGCGCUUCAACCUAAGAUAAUAGCAUGUGGGAGAUCAAAGGCUGCAUUAGCUAUGGCUGUAAAGUUUUUAAUAGGACCGGUGACAAUGGCAGUAGCAGCAAUCAUGGUUGGCCUUCGUGGUAACCUCCUUCAUGUAUCCAUCGUUCAGGCUACACUCUCCGAAGGAAUUGUACCCUUUGUUUUUGCUAAGGAAUACAAUGUUCAUCCAACGAUUCUUAGUACUGCGUGA